ACACACACACCACUUCGCUGCAGCACUAGUACAGUACAGCGCCUCCCCCUCACUGCAGAAGAGCCAAAGGGGAGAGUCGAGAGAGCUUGGCGGCGGCGGCGGCGGCUAGGGUUUUGCUCCCGGACGACUUCUACGGACACCCCUUCCUUCUCCUCCCCCGUCAGUUCGUCGUCCGUGCAUGGUAAUCUCGUCGAGGGUGGUGGCGGUGGUGGCUGCUUGCUAGAUUCAUUCGUCUCGGGCCGUGGGGGUUUAAGUUAGGGUUUGGGGAAUGGCGUCGAUGAACCAGUUCGACCUCCUCGGCGACGUCGACAACGACGACCCCUCGCAGCUCGCCGCCGCCGCGGAGAAGGCGAAGGCGGCGGCGGCGGCGGCGGCGGGGGCCAAGCCUGCCGCGGGGGCGGGGGCGGGGGCCAAGCCGGCGGCCAAGCUGCCCACCAAGCCCGCGCCGCCCGCGCAAGCCGUGGAGGAGGCGAGGAACUAUGGUGCUCCGAGGGAAGGAGCUGGGCGCGGGAGAGGCGGACGCGGAGGCAGGACUGGUCCGAGGCGAGACUAUGGUGAUGCUGAUGCCAACGGCUUCGAUGGAGGGUAUGGUGGUGGUGCCGUGGCUCGUGGGGAGGAUGGUGAGGGGAGGCAGGCACGCGGGCCGCGCCAGCCUUACCGUGGAGGAGGAGGCGGCCGUCGUGGCGGCUACGGUGAUGGGCAGACCACUGAGGAGUUUGGUGGACGCCCGCACCGGCCCUAUGAGCGCCGCAGCGGCACUGGCCGGGGCUUUGGGAUGAAGCGUGACGGCGCUGGCCGUGGCAACUGGGGAACUGUGACUGAUGAGGGACUUCCCCAGGAAACUGUGGAGCCUGUCAACACUGAAGAGACUGCUGCUGCUGUGGCAGAGGAUGAGAAGAAGCCUGAAGAUGCACCACCGACUGAAGUUGAGAAGGACAAGGAGGGUGCAGUGAAUGAAGAGGAAGAAAAGGAAGCUGAAGAGGAUAAGGAGAUGACUUUGGAGGAAUAUGAGAAGGUAUUGGAGGAGAAGCGGAAAGCUUUGCUCGCACUGAAGGCCGAGGAGAGAAAAGUUGAAGUUGAUAAGGAGCUGCAGUCCAUGCAGCAACUGUCAGUUAAGAAGGUUGCUGAUGAAGUAUUUAUCAAGCUGGGCUCUGACAAGGAGUUGAAAAAGAAAGAAAAUGCAGAAAGAGAGGAGCGUGCCAAGAAGUCCCUGAGCAUCAAUGAAUUCCUGAAGCCGGCUGAAGGUGAGAGGUACAACCCUGGUGGCCGGGGUAGGGGCCGUGGGUUCAGGGGCCGGGGUGAGCUGCGUGGGGGUUACAAUGGUGGCGGUUACAACGGCGGUGGUGGUAGGCGACAAGCUCCUGCUCCAGCGAUCGAAGACCAAGCCCAGUUUCCGACGCUAGGUGGGAAGUGAAGGGGUCCAUGCCCUGUGCCCUGAUACAACUAGCAGCAGCCCGGUUCACCCGGAACUGUGUCCUUGUUGAGUUGCCAGUAGUGUGUUGUUUCGCCCAUCUUUUAUUUAUCAUUGUCUCAUUGUCGUCAUCAUGUAUCCCGUGUACAUCCGAGGUGCACCCAUCAGUGUCGUGUCAGUCAAAAUUAGCAGCUUCUUGUGUUUUCUUUAUAGGACAAAUGGCAUGUAUGAGAUGUUUUUCUGGUGCCCUUGCUGCUCUCAGUGUGCCGGUUUGGUUCAAUGAUUUUGCUCAGUUGAGAAUCAGUCAUGUUCCUUUUUAUA